ACUGGCAUGCCAAUUCGAGGCAACAAAAGUGACGUUUUGAGCACGCUUUUUAUCAGCGCGAGAAAACAACAUUGAAAAGGGACAUUUCCCAGCCAGAAACAGGACUCAAGAAGAAAUGGGCAGGAAGAAUAGGCACAGCCUCAUCACGGCGCAGAAAAGCAGUGCUGGUGGUCAGAAGAAGGGCAAGGCUGCCGGGAAAGGGGCUUUGAAUAAAACCAAGAAGGCAAAGAAUGUCUUCAAAGUGGCCACAAAAAAGAACAAGGCAAAGAAAGCGGCCAGCAAUAUUCAGAAGGGCAAGGCUGGCAAGAAGGAAGCACUGCAGAACAAGUCAGAGAAGCUGAAUGAGUCCUUGAAGACGCUGCACAAGGACAUGGUAGUGAAAAAGAAGGCUGCCCCAAAGGCUACACCGGCAAAGGCUUCGCCAAAGGGACGCAAAAGCCAGAAGAAGGCGCCCCAGACGAAGGAUGUGGAGGCGGGCCUCUCCUCAUUGGACGUCUAAAUUAAUUCAUGAGCUUCGUGUGUGCAUUUCUCCCCGCCCUCCAGCCCAAGAGGCUCCGGCGUGUCUGCGUGUCGUGCAAAACUAACCAAAAGUGUAACUGUGAGUUGGAAAAUUAAACUCUGGAUUGAUGACA